GCUGUGGUUGGAGGACACUUGGAGCCCUGGAAGAAGCUGUUGUCUCCCUCAGCUGAGAUACCGUAGCCUCCAGCAGUGGGAGAUGGUUAACUCCAAACUGUUCUAACGUGAGCGUUGAUAGUUGUCUGGCCAGGCUGACUGCUUCCUCUUCAGCUGAGCUUGCUUAGAGUUUUGUUCCAGUUUUACAGUUCAUUAACGUGUGUUCUUUGCUGUAUGCACUCACUAAAACUACACUAUUUUCUUAGCUAGGGUAAUUAAGAUUAAGUUUCAUUUAGCCUAGUCAUUCCUCUGACUGUAAUUUUUUUUUUUAUUGUAGGUGACUCAGCCGUUGUAUGUAUGAGAUUUGUCCACACACUGGCUCUUCAGACAGGUCUUCCAUAUCUCAAGUUGAGAAGUUCCAUAUCGUACUAAACAUGGAGAAAGAAGAAAAGAAAUUUGUCAAUAAAGCAGAGGAGGAGGAGAUGGAGAUCUGUGGUUAUGAUCUGUGUCGUUGGAAGUUGGUGCUAGUUACUGUAGGAGUGAUCUGUUCUGGUGGCUUUCUUCUCCUCCUCCUCUACUGGAUGCCUCAGUGGCGUGUGAAAGCAACAUGCAAAAGGACUACACUUAGAGACUGUGAAGUGGUUCUGCUGAGAACAACUGAUGAAUUCAAGAUAUGGUUUUGUGCAAAGGUUCGCAUUAUGCCUUCUUUGGGAGCCAAUCCUUUACAGAAUCCUAACCCUAUUGUACACAAGGUUUCAAAUGGCCAUGCUGUUCAUUUCUGUGAAUCUGCUGCAGAAGAGAAUAAAAAUGAUUUGAAAAAAUAUUUGCCGAUUCGUUAUUUCACACACCACAGUGUGAAGUAUUUCUGGAAUGAUUCAGUUCAAAAUUUUGAUGUUGUACGAGGUCUAGAUGAAUCUACGUUCUGUUCUUCAAUUCAUAAUGAACACAGCACAGGACUGACAAAGGGAAUGCAUGAUUACAGAAAAGCAUUCUAUGGAGUAAAUGAAAUUGCUGUGAAAGUGCCUUCCAUUUUUAAGCUUCUGAUUAAGGAGGUUCUCAACCCUUUUUACAUUUUUCAGUUGUUCAGUGUGAUAUUGUGGAUCACUGAUGAGUAUCACUACUAUGCAUUAGCAAUUGUGAUCAUGUCUGUAAUAUCCAUUGUUAGCUCACUCUACACCAUUAGAAAGCAAUAUGUUAUGUUACAUGACAUGGUAGCAGCUCACAGCAUUGUCAGGGUUUCUGUCUGCAGAGGAAACCAAGAAAUAGAAGAAAUCCUUUCCACCGACCUUGUGCCUGGAGAUAUCAUGUUGAUUCCAUCUAAUGGGACAAUUAUGCCCUGUGAUGCGGUACUUCUCAGUGGUACUUGCAUUGUAAAUGAAAGUAUGUUAACAGGUGAAAGUGUUCCUGUCACAAAGAUAAAUCUACCAAAUCCUUCAGAAUAUCCAAAAGCAAUGGGAGAUGAAAUAUACAGUCCAGAAGUGCAUAAACGGCAUACUUUGUUCUGUGGAACCAAUGUCAUUCAAACCCGUUUUUAUACUGGAGAAUUGGUCAAAGCUCUAGUAGUGAGAACAGGCUUUAGUACUGCUAAAGGACAGCUUGUUCGUUCCAUACUCUAUCCAAAGCCAACUGAUUUUAAACUCUACAGAGAUGCCUAUUUGUUUCUUCUGUCUCUGGUGGUGGUGGCAGGCAUUGGAUUUCUUUACACGGUUGUCAAUAGCAUCUUAAAUGAGGUUCCAGCUCAUACCAUCAUCAUAGAGUCUCUUGACAUUAUCACUAUCACCGUGCCUCCAGCGCUCCCUGCUGCCAUGACUGCUGGCAUUGUUUAUGCACAAAGAAGGUUGAAAAAAAUUGGCAUUUUCUGCAUCAGCCCACAAAGGAUAAAUAUUUGUGGCCAGCUGAAUCUUGUGUGUUUUGAUAAGACUGGCACACUUACUGAGGAUGGCUUGGAUCUGUGGGGAAUUCAACGGGUGGAAAAUGCGUGUUUCCUUUUGCCGGAAGAGAGGGCUUGCAGUGAGAACUUGCUGAAGUCUGAGUUUGUUGCUUGCAUGGCAACUUGUCAUUCCCUUACAAAAAUUGAGGGGGUACUUUCUGGGGAUCCGCUUGACUUGAAGAUGUUUGAAGCAAUAGGAUGGAUUUUAGAAGAAGCAACUGAAGAGGAAACAGCCCUUCAUAAUCGAAUCAUGCCAACAGUGGUUCGACCUUCAAAACAACUUUUCCCAGAAUCCAAGCAAGCAACAAAUCAAGAAAUGGAAUUGUUUGAGCUUUCGACCAGUUAUGAGAUUGGAAUUGUGCGCCAGUUUCCAUUUUCUUCAGUUUUGCAGCGUAUGUGUGUAAUAGCAAGAGUUCUAGGGGAGAAGAGAAUGGAUGCUUAUAUGAAAGGUGCUCCUGAAGUGAUUGCCAGCUUGUGUAAGCAGGAAACAGUUCCUGUUGACUUUGAGUGUGUCUUGGAAGAAUAUACUAAGCAGGGCUUCCGAGUUAUUGCUCUUGCUCACAGAAAAUUGGAGUCUAAGCUUACAUGGCACAAAGUCCAGACUAUUAAUAGAGAUGCUAUUGAAAGCAACAUGGAUUUUAUGGGGUUAAUUAUAAUGCAAAACAAGCUAAAGCAAGAAACCCCUGCUGUACUUGAAGAUUUGCAUAAAGCCAACAUUCGCACUGUCAUGGUUACAGGGGAUAACAUGUUAACUGCUAUCUCUGUGGCCAGAGAUUGUGGAAUGAUUCUACCUCAGGAUAAGGUCAUUAUUGCUGAAGCACUACCUCCAAAGGAUGGGCAGGCUGCCAGGAUCAACUGGCAUUAUGCAGAUACCCUCGCAAAAUGCACUAGUUCAUCACCAGCCAUAAACUCAGAGGAUAUUCCAGUUAAAUUGGUCCAUGAAAGCCUUGAGGAUCUCCAGAUGACCAAAUACCAUUUUGCAAUGAAUGGAAAGUCAUUUGCGGUGAUUUUGGAGCAUUUUCAGGAUCUGGUACCCAAGCUUGUGUUACAUGGCACUGUGUUUGCUCGCAUGGCGCCUGAUCAGAAAACUCAGUUGGUGGAAGCUUUACAAAAUGUAGAUUACUAUGUGGGCAUGUGUGGAGAUGGAGCAAAUGACUGUGGCGCGCUAAAGAGGGCACAUGGUGGUAUAUCUUUGUCUGAACUUGAGGCUUCUGUGGCAUCACCAUUCACUUCCAGGACACCUAGUAUUUCCUGCGUGCCAAAGCUGAUCAGGGAAGGCCGUGCUGCUUUAAUAACUUCCUUCUGUGUAUUUAAGUUCAUGGCAUUAUACAGCAUUAUUCAGUACAUCAGUGUUACUCUACUGUAUUCUAUCCUGAGCAAUUUGGGAGACUUCCAGUUUCUCUUCAUUGAUUUGGCAAUCAUUUUGGUGGUUGUCUUCACUAUGAGUCUGAACCCUGCUUGGAAGGAACUUGUUGCGCGAAGGCCUCCAUCGGGUCUUAUCUCAGGUCCACUUUUGUGUUCCGUUUUGUCUCAGAUCAUCAUCUGCCUUGCUUUCCAAACCUUUGGGUUUUUUUGGGUCAAACAGCAGUCCUGGUAUGAGCCUUGGACAAUGGAAUCUGAUGCAUGUAAUUUAUUGGAUGCCACAAACACCAGCUCUGCACAUCAUGGGAAUGAGACUCUUCAUGAUGAACAUUACAUUAAAAAUUAUGAAAACACAACUUUGUUUUUUAUAUCCAGUUUUCAGUACCUCAUAGUGGCAAUUGUCUUUUCUAAAGGAAAGCCUUUCAGACAACCAUGCUACAAGAAUUUUCUAUUUGUUAUAUCUGUGAUAGUUCUUUAUAUCUUCAUAUUUUUCAUCAUGUUGCAUCCUGUUGAAUCUAUUGACACAUUUCUUGAGCUCGUGUGUGUGCCAUAUGAGUGGCGCCUAAGAAUUCUCAUCAUUGUUAUUCUCAAUGCAAUUGUAUCUGUGCUGACAGAGAAUGUCCUCCUUGAUAUGAUCCUUUGGAAGGUUGUGUUCAAUCGAGAAAAACAAGGAGAAUAUCGCCUCACCAUACCCCAGCCGCCUCAGGAGGCUGUGGAUCGCUGUGGAGUCUGUUUCCUUUCUUCCCUGUUUGGCUGUAGAGAGAAGACACCAAAAGCCAAGUAUAUGCAUCUAGCUCAGGAACUGCUGGUUGAUCCAGAAUGGCCACCAAAACCCAGAACAACAACAGAAGCAAAAGUACCAUCCCAAGAAAAUGGUUCAUAUCAAAUCAUCACUGUAACAUAACAGUGGAUCUUGGUGACAUGUGUCUUUAGUAGUAUUCAGAAGAAUGUAAUUUUAAGGCUUUAUUUGAAAUUACAGUACACUAAAUGUCAUUCUAAUACAGAUGUUUCCAGCUGUUUUGUCUCUCUGAAUACGAAGUUCAGAGUCAGACAUCUUAUAGCUAUACAUUUUAAAAAUGUAGGUUCCCUUAGGCAGAACAGAAAUGAUUGUGUUCCUUUCACCUUCUUUUAAAUUUCAUUAUUCCUAAAUGAGAUGUAUUUGAAGGUUUAAACUGCAGGGCAGUUAAAAACAGGUUCACUUUAUUUGCCUGAAAUAUCUUGAUCAUUGUUCUAACCUGCUUACCCGGGCACAUGUUCAUGUAAACCGUAUGAUGUAAUGGUUUCACGGUAGUAGUAGAGGCACAUAACCUUGUCAUGUUUUUGUUUUGGUUUGUUUUUUUUAAUAUUCACUGUUGAAAAGCUUUGUGCCUCAGAAUGGUUCUAAAGUUUUGGUGUGUGUACCUCUAAGUUUGUCCCUAUGAGUAAGGACUGUCUCCAGGUGUAAUGUUUGGGUAAUAAGUUUAAUUCUUUAGUCUGCCACAGCAGGAAUUGGGAAUGCUAUAGAAGCAAUAUGCUCUGUCCUUAAGAGGAAAGCACAUUGCUUUUCAAGUGGGUUCUUAGCUGCCUUUCUAGCUAACCCCAAGGAAGGGCUUAGGUAGCCUCCAGAGGAGGAGACAUUUGGCUACACUCUAAAGUUUUUGGAGAAGGAAGGCUGGAGAAUCUUAACACUUUCUUCUGUCUCAUGUUUUAUUACAUUUAGCUAUGCAUUUCUCCACAGACCUUUCUUUUUCCAGCAGAAAGGUUAGAUUAUCCAUUUGUGGACCAUGAUUUAUUUGUAAAUCUUAAUAGUUUUCCUAUAUACCUUGAAGUAGUAAGACCAGAGUUACUGCUGCAAGGGAAAUGAGGGUGGGAGGGAGGAAUAUUUUCACAUGCCCACACUUGGGAUUUGUGCAUGUUGAAAACAUACGCAUUUCAAAGAGUCUGCUAAUGUCUUAAGCACUAUAUGUAGCUGUAUGAAACAAAAUUAAGAAAAAAUAGAUGAGCUAAAAUCUGUCUUGCUGCAGAACUAUAAGGCUUGUAUGGAUUUUAUUUAUUUAAAAAAAAAAUAAAUAAAAGCUUGCAUCACCAAUAAUGCUGCUUAAGCACCUGGGGUAGCGAUACAUCAUUUUGCCAUUAGGCGGUGUCAAAACACAAGACCACUAGAAAACUAGGUCUGCAAAGAUGUAGGGGUAGGCAUUGUCUUCACAUACAAAGCUUAAAACUUUUCUUUUUCUUUUAAAACCACAAAUUACUUAUCUCCAAAUCAUCUUCAACUUCCUAACUUUCAGAAGAGUCGUCUUUGAUGUUUUUGUGAAGAUGAUAAAGUAUUGCCUCAUGAUCAGUCUGAUUUGGCCAGAUGCAAAUGACUGGUUCAGACACCUCCAAGCUUUGGGAGGAGAUCUGGAGAAGUCACGAUUCUGUAGAGAUCCUUUAGAGAAGGGAGUCGGGUCCUUUAGAGUAGUUGAGGAAGGAGGGCCCCAAACUCCCUGGCCACCUGCGAUCAUUCUGAAGUGAGCAUAUUCUGAUGAUGGAAUUUGAGGGGGGGUGGUUUUGUUUCGUUUUAAAUUCCUGUGGAGACAAUUCCAUUCCACCAUUAAUAAGGGGAAUUUUUUCAAGUCGGACCUAAUUCCCUUGUGCUGUUCUGUAAGGCAGUAUGGACAGUGUCUCUCGCUGUUCGUGUUAUGGUUUCUGCAGUGUUGAACAUACUGUGCCAAUGGGGAAUUUUAAAGUGGUGCUAAAUGGUUUGGAAGUCUUCUUCCUAGAACUUGGGGGUUUAAGUUAUUAGCACUUGCUCCUCAUAAAUGGUAUGCCUAUGGUGUACUAUCCUCCAGUCCAGCUGUCAACUCUUCCUGAUUAUUUUUUUGUUGUUGUUGUUUGCUUUUGAGGGGUGGAGCAGGAGGAAGGGGGAAGUGGUUUGCUUAGCAUUCAUUCAAUAGAGCAAUGUAAAAGUCUUAUUAUCCUGGCUUCUUAUGGUCAUAAGCGUCGAACAACAUUGGUAGCUUUUAAGGGGUCUGCAAUUGUGGAUUUGGAUCAAUUUAUUAAUCAUGAACUUGAGUCAGUUGGCUACUUUCUGUCAAUGUUGAUUUUACAAAAUCUUGUGUACCAUGGAAUAAUUGAUGAAGAGUAAUUCUCAGCUGCGUAAGUAGUAUUCAAAUUUAAAGAAAAAUAAUAUUUAAGUUGAGAAAUGUUGUGAAGCUAUGCAUCUUGGACCUGGGAGCUGUGACUUAUCCUUAAACACAUAAGCUUUUCCUUUCCAUUUCGCUGACUGGUUUAACUCAGUUGUUCCAUCAGAAAUGAAAGAAAAUAUUUGUAUCUUUCCCUUUUAUAUGCUUUUGCUUAAUACUUUCUCUAAACUGAUAAUUUCUCUCAGCUUGCUUGGUUUCUGAAGCUAGUAUUUCAGUCUUCACUCUAUUAAACUUACCUAGACAGUGGAGAGGAAACAGCUUGUUAAGGUGGGCUUGUCUUCAGAGAACAUUUUAGAGGGAAACCUUACUAAAACUGAAAUUGCCAAAUGUCUUCACUUGAUUGACUAAUGGGUCAUGAGCCUAUUAAACUUGAAUAUUUUGCAAAUGGGAGCUAGUUUCCUCAAGGUAUGCAUUCAGUGUUAGUAAAUGUUCUUGAGGUUGCAUGCUUGAGCUCUGACCUAUUUGCUUCUGACGCUUAGUCAAGAAUAAUAAAUCAGCUUUUCUGAGAAUCCUUCUUGUUGUUGCAAGUUCAGCCACAAAAUAAGCUUUUGCAUCUUCUGCAAUUAUUGGGAUUUAUGCCUUCCUGCCCAAGAGCUGAGUUUGGCCACCUAUAAUUUUUCUCAUUUUGAGCAGUUUACUUUUUCUGGUUUUCAGAAAUGCAGCAAACUAGAUCUGCACUAGUGUAUUCAGUUCCUGCUUUGAAGUAAGAUGAAAUUCAGUUUGUAGUGGAAAGAAUCUCUUCUAAUGUUCAUCUUGGAAGUCUGAAUUCGGGUGAACUGACCAAUGUAGUGAGCUCCACUAGAUACUUGGUAGACAUUUUCUUCCUGCUGUAUAUUUUGGCCUUACAUUGAGGAGUUUGAUUUAUUAUUAAAUUAUUUGUGUAUGCAGACUUUAAUCUGUACGUAUUUUACUUUGAUGUAUUAGGAUUUGUAAAUAUUACUGAUUUUUAAAUAUUAUUUAUGCACAUACUUAAAGGACUGGUCUAUCCAGAAAAGCAAUUGCUAAAUAAUAAAUGUUACUUUUUAGAAAUAAAUUGCAAGAUCUUUAAAUUGUAUAUCCCUCAGGGUUAUUUUUAAAAUUUCUUUUCUCUUCCCUUCAGAUUCAAUUAGCAGUAACUCUAGCUUUGUUUAUUAUAGAACUAAAACUACUGUAAAAAGAAAAUGCUGCAAAUAAUGCGUGAGUAGAAGCGGCUAAAACACCCACAGAACUGACUGUCCAUAUUCAUGUAACUUUAAAUUGGAAACUCUUACUGUUGCACUUUUAAAAAGUUGUUGGAUUUUUAAUUCUAUUUAUUUUUUCUUUCUUCAUGAAGGUUGUGCUGAACAGUCAUCCCAAAUUGCGUAAAUAAUCCUGUACUGUAUAUGUAUAUACAGUAUAAUGCUAAGCAGAUGUGGAGUCCUUUUAUGCUGCAAAUUUUUAAUGCUUAUGUUGGUCAUCACAAAAUGAGAGAGCUAAAGUUCUGUAGGAUUUCUCCCAUGAAAUUCUGAAUUGUAAACUUAGGUUUUUGUACAUCUAAGGGAAAGCUGUGGGUUUUUGACAAUUUUUAGAGUCUUGAAUAUGUUGAUUUUAUACAGUAAAGCUUCAGGUUUUUAAAGCUAUUUUCAACAAACUGCAGCUUGUUUGAUAAUUAUGUAAACCAGAAACUACUCAGUUUGUCAUGAAUUCCUCAAGCCUAACACAGAUUAAAAGGUUCACCAUUACAGCGCGCUCUAGAAGCUCAGCUUCCUCUUUAUUUUUAAAUCUGAAAUGAUACUACAUCUUUGUAUUUAAAAUAUGUAUUGCUGCUCUAGAAUGGUACCCUGUUGUCAAGAGGCAUACAUAAAUAACUGUACAAUAGAGUUGUAAAUAGACUUGUAAAUCAUUUUUGUGACUGAAGCUCUUUGAAAAAUAAAAUUAAAAUGAACAGA